AUGGGAUCUGAGCAGCUCAGACGAGAGAGGACCCUCAUUCUGAAUGACUUGAAAUCACUGCAAGACCAGAUCGGAGAUUUAGCAUUCAAUAACUAUCGCACGUACGCUGAUGCUGGAAGGACAACACAACAUUGUACAGAAAUAUUCACGGAAAUGAAGGACAAGUUGCGGGUCGUGUCUGCGGAGGUUCCGGAACUGGCAUCGGAAUUACGGACGUUUCAUACUCGGACAAAGGAUUUGUCACGCGAAUUGGACGCGGUGCAGUCAGCCUGCCACAAAGAAAAUCUCGUGUGGGAACUAAUCUCGUUGCCCUCCAGAAUGGAUGUUUGUAUUCGCGCAGGUUACUAUGAGGCUGCAUAUUCCUUGACAAAUUAUGGAAUGAUGCUCCAACAACAUAGCAUAAUUAAAAACCCUUUAAUCAAGGCUAUUGCUGAUAAACUUGUUGAAGCGCGAUCGUUCCUGCUCGAAGAGCUCUUCAACAAAUUUGCUGGUCCUCUUGAUUUGGCCUCCUCCAUACAGGUAGUGAAUAAUGUGCGAAAAAUGCCAUAUCUCACGCCAACGCAGUUACGUACGUGCAUCUUACAACACAGAGAUAUGUAUUUAGACAGACAAAUUCUCGAUAUUACGAACCAUCCUGAAUUUGCCAUCAAGGCUAUUGAAAUUUACCGAGACUGCAUGUAUGACACACUUGUUCUGUACUUGGCAGUAUUUCCUGAGAACGAAGCACCACGAAAAGAUUUGUCAUUGGAUCCCCGUUGGGAAACGUGGCCAUCGAGUGCGCCAUCGUCGAUUCUCGGUCAGUGGACGGCGCGCAAUAUCACUAGAUUGUUGGAUCUUAUUUGUAGAACUGAUAUGAAAAGUAGUGUUGAUAUGUGCACGGUAUGGUCAAAACUCAUGUCAUUGGCAGCAUCUCUUGGACGUAUGGGUCUCGAUUUCCGCUCUCUCGUAGUUAACACCUUGGUAAAAGUCUCUCUGGAACGUUUCACUUCAGCUGUUCGGGCUGCUACUAAUAAGUUUCUCAACGAAACGAAGGUGUUGUCCGUGUCCAGUGGAGAGAUUUCUUUAUUAUCGGAUGGCGGAGGUCCAACUAGUGGGCCACCGCAACCAUCGCCUGAGAUCUCAAUGUGGGAUGAUAUAUGUGUUUAUGGGAACACUAUACUGGAGGCCCUCAACAAUUUGCGCUUCACUCCAAGUCCCAUGCUAAUACAAAGUGUUGUAUUGUGCCUACGAGACUCAUUGCGAAGCAUAAUAAUGUGGUUACUUGGUCACUCAUCGUCAACGCUUUUCCCAAGAGCCGUGGAGAUUUUCUGCCUACACUUUGUACCUUUCAUUGGACGAUGUGUCCGGUUCCUAUUUCCUUUUUCGGCUAUCACACGCCUGUUUGGAACAUCUAUUAGUCCACAGAUAUACGAGGCGUUUACCGAGCUAGACAUACGUGUAUUGACCGCUUCUUGUGAUGGUGGUGAAAAAAUUGAAGAAGUUCUUCAGAGUUUAUCAUCUCAAGAGAAGUUUCUGCCUCGAGGAGAGAUUGUUAUUCCUCAGCAAGACAAAAUCGAACCUUCACAGGAAGAAAUUUCCUCUGCAGCGGUUGAAUUAGACCGCCCAAAGGAUUAUACUCAAGAUUUUUCGGACACAUCUAUGUGCUCACCUCCUCAGCAUGAUUCAAGCAACAUUCGUUUUGAUAUAGGCGAUGACCCAGAUGAAGCUGGGGUGGAAAAGUCGAACAUAGCUUCUGUAAUUAGCCCAUCAGAGGAAGAAACUGCAUUGAGCCACUCUCGACAAGAUCUGAGCGCAGCAGAUACACAGCUAUCGGUAGUUACCGAUGAUGAUCUUCCGGCUUUGGUGGAUACUGCACCUAGUCCCUUCUACGAUGAAACGGAGUCUAUUCCCACGCAGGAGUGUGAAUCACAAAACGACACGAAGACUUCCGAGAAAAGAGAGCACUCUAAAGAAGAUUAA